GCAACCAAGACAAGAGGUAGUAGACUCAUCAUACAACCUGUAGCCAUCUGCACAAGCAUUGCCAACUUCAUUCUACUCUGACCUUCCUGAGGUAAGGCUCGUUCUCCUAUCUAUAUAACCCGGGCCGAAUGUAACAUUCGGCCUCCCUCCGUGCGCACCUCCUAGCUCCUCGAGAUCAUGUCCUAUCCUCUUGAAAACAAUCUCAUUGGAAAGCCCUGCUUCGAUUCUCGGGGUCGCAAAAGGGUCGCAAUCAUUCGACGCAAUGGAUCAUGCGCGAAAGCUUGCGCAAUCAGGCAUGCAUAUCCUCCUCAUCAUAUCAAAAUUUCAAGUAUUUUCACCGUCCGGUUUGUUUUCUAUGCAUUGUUCUUUGAGCUCGCUCGAUAAGCGCCCGCUUAGCGCUGCUUGCGACCUCUCGCUAUACCAUUCACCUAUAUGUAUGCCAAAAAUCUCCGCGAACGGAGCCCUUUGCGACCCUCCAGGACCUGUACUUAGAUCCGCUCUUGCUGCCGCUUUCACUUCCCAAUCGGGGAGACUCGCGCCUGUUCCCACUUCUCACCUCUCGCCUCUCGCCUCUCUAUCUCGGACCUCAGCCUUCCUCACCGCGCAUUCCUCGACAUUCGCAAGUAUCGUACAUGACCGUGAAGGACGGAGAGGCUGUGCUUCAUACAUGCGGCCGGACGCUGAGGUCCGCAGGUAAGUUGUCAUUUGAGACUCGACACGCUAACAAACGUUUUCUUUUUUUUAUCAGUCUCGACGAUUGACCGCACUGUGUUGUUCACGGUGCGGUUU